AUGGACGACCAAAGCAAUCUAAUGAGGCAGCUUCUCAACCAAAUAAGCUUAGCUCAAAACCUUGGCCUUGGACAACCGGGCCAGGAGAGAAGGAUGGACGAACUCGUCGGUAGACAACUCGAGGGGUACCAAGCAGGUCGAGCAAGAGUGAGCAGAGAAGGCGAGGGACAACAAAGUGAUCGGCCUACCGACAUGUGGCAAGCAUCUGCGAGCCACACUCAGAGCAGAUUGAGUUUAAGGAACAAUAUUCUGGCAGAGAUCUACGAGAUUGCGGAACUCUACGAGCUCUGGGAUGAUGAUCAAAUCGCCGCAAAGAAGUCUACCAACCAAGAAGAUCAGCCGACUAAGCAAGCAGGCCAAAGAAGCGACGGAUUUAGCAACAAGAUAAAAGACGAGCGUAGGUCACACCCACAAGAGAACACUACGGCAGGAGAGAACUACACCAAAUUCACCAUCCCCAUACAUCAAAUCUUAGUCCACGGGAAGAACAAACCUUGGGUAAGAAGACCACCACCCUUGAAAGGAGAUCCGAACAAGAAGGAUGUUAGCAAAUACUGUGCCUUCCAUGGGAUGCACGGGCACACCAUGAACAACUGCUUCGCUAGGAAAACGCAUGUUGAAGAACUCGUGAGAGAAGGUCACUGCACGAAAUUCAUUGCGAAGCAGGCCAUCCAGUGGAUUGAAGAUCGUGACACUACCAAGGAGCCGCCCCAAAAGGUCAUAAGAAUUAACAUAAUCCUAGCCGACUAUAAGGAGUGUGGGCUGACCAGGAAGAAAAGGAAGAGGAAGAUCAAACAGGCCACCGUGAUCUCCCAAAUGUUGAUCGACCUUCCACCAGUAAAAGACGAUCAUGUAAUCGGCUUCCCAAAGAAAUAUCUAAUCGGCCUCGACAUGCCAUAUAACGAUGCCCUUGUCAUCAGCAUUCAAAUCGCCCAGGCCAUGGUCGACCGAAUCCACGCAGAUGAGGGCAGUGCAGCCAAUAUCUUGCAACUGGCGGUCAUCCAGCAGAUGGGCUUGGAGGCAAAGAUCAACAAAUCAGCCAGAUCGCAAACAUUCAUGGUCAUUAAUGAGGUCUCACCCUAUAAUGGCAUCCUGGACAGACCAUGGAUCGGCAAGAUCAAUGCCAUCACCUCUGCCACACAUCAGAAAAUUCGAUACCCAAUUCCUGGGGGUGGUGUCAGCCAAAUAAACACCGAUCAGGCAAUGGCAAGGAAAUGCUCCGCCCAAGGGCUGAAGAAAAGCACACAAGUACAGUUCCUCCUGGUGAGCCAGACAGAUCUGAAGGAGGUUGAACAACCGAAUCUUGCUCCCUUGUAG